AUGGCCAACUCAAUGAAAAUCGUAGAGGUCUCCCAUGUAGCUCCUUUACAAGAUUCUUCUUCCAACUCACUCAUCGAAUUCACUUUCCAACUCACUUUCCUCGAUACCUUCUACCUUAAAUUCCAUCUUGGAGAGUUUCUUGUCUUCUACUCCUUCAUAAACUCUAAUCCAUCAUCCUUUGCUUCUGUCCUCUCCACACUCAAACACUCCCUCUCUUUCAUCCUCCUCAAUUUCCUUCCUCUUGCUGGAAACCUUAUUCGGCCUCCCUAUUCUCAGAAACCUUUUCUUCUUUACAAACCAGGUGAUGCAAUCUCUCUCACAUUGGCCGAAUCUGAUACCGAUUUCAACCAUGUCUCAAGUAAACAUGUGCAGCAAGCCAUUGACACUGCCCAGCUUGACCAUAUCAGAUGCAGAGGAUUCCGUUAUGGCAUUGCAAAUCACUCGAAAGGAAAUUCAAGGGAAUGCAAGAGGAAGAUUUAUCUGGUACUCAACGCUGACUACAAGGCACAUUUAGACCCUCCGGUUCUCGAGAACCAUUUCAGUAACUAUGGGGUGGCCAUUGUUGCAGAGAAGAUUGGAGAAGUGAUUAAAGGAUUGGAAAAUGAAGUUCUUGAAGGAGCAAAGGAGAGACUAUCCAAGUGGGGUUCGCUGGAAGCUAGUGCUCAAGUGAUUGGAGUAUCUAGGUCUCAUCAGUUUGGUUUGUACAGUUUGGAUUUUGGAUGGGGAAAGCCUAAGAAGAUGUAG